AUGGAGGAGAUACUCAAGAAGACCGUCACUGUUACGCAUACUUUGACACAAACACAAACCAUCACUGAUGGCCUUCCUUUCCCGGAGCCUACCACGACUACGACGUCAUCGGUAGCGCCCAUUCCGACUGUGAUUCCAGGCGGGCAUCCAACGUUUCAGAAUAUUGACACAGCUGGGAAGCGGACAUUAUGGGUUGUCACAGUGCUCAUGGCACUUUCGUCUCUCGUAUUCUACGUUCUUAGCAACCGCGUACAGCUGCCGAAACGAGUGAUACACUAUCUCGUCUCCGUCUCGACGACUGUCUCAUUCCUUAUCUAUCUCGCGCUUGCGACCGGCCAAGGCCUAAACUGGAAGCACGACUCACUUAAGCACAACCACAAGCAUGUUCCCAACGUCGAGCAACCUGUCCUACGCCAGGUUCUCUGGCUGCGCUACGUCAACUGGUUCAUCACGGAUCCCCUGAUCCUUACCAGUUUGACGCUCGUCUCCGGCCUCCCCGGCGCAUCGCUUUUUGCAGCCAUUGCUGCAGACUACGUUAUGCUUGCCUCCGGUAUCUUUGGCACUUAUGCCGGCCAUGCUGCGCGCCAGUGGGUCUGGUUUACCAUCAGCGCAAUUGCAUUUAUCACGGUGGUCUAUCACAUUGGCAUUAAGGGAACCAGAGCUGCGAGCAACAGGGAUGCGCACACCCGACGUCUCUUCUCAGCUAUCGCAGGCGUGGCACUCGUCGCGAAGGCAUUGUAUCCAAUUACCCUCGCCGCAGGCCCCAUUUCCCUCAAAAUGGGUCUCACCGGGGAGACUGUCUUGUUUGCUAUUCACGACAUUGUAAUCCAGGGAAUCCUAGGCUACUGGCUCGUGAUUGCCAAUGAUGCCGCUUCUGGAACCAACCUCUAUGUCGAUGGCUUCUGGUCUAGUGGACUUGGUAAUGAGGGAGCAAUCCGUAUCAACGAGGAAGAAGGUGCUUAA